ACGUGAUUUGUUGCAUUUGUAUGCUCUAUAUAAGGUUCUCGUUGGCCACUUCUUUCUCCUCUCGCUUUUAUUCAGUAUAUUUUGGAACGGCCAGGAAAUAAGAUCUGUAAUGAGUCAGUCGGCAGUAAAAACCCACAUGGAAAUCAAUGGGCUCAAGCUUCUUGUAAACACAACCCCCAUGCUAUUAAAACCUGGAACUCAGCCAAAUCCACCUUAUGGGUCAAUUUCACGUGGAAAUGAAGAAAACAGGGGAGGAGACAGAAAUGACUGCAUGCGAUUAAGUGGUGAUCCAUUUGCUGUUAAUUCUAGCAAUAUUUGUGAUGAGGAACUCUUGGCCUCGGAGGUAACUUUUGAGAAAGGCUCACCAUCUAAUACUGACAAGUCCAAAUUGAAAGAAUCAGAUGUUGAGUUGGAGCAUGCACAAGAUCCUUUUACAAUGGUGUUGGAUCUUUAUGGUAAGGAAGGCAAUGGAUCCGAUGCAAAGUUCUUUGCUGCAGCACCUGAGGUGCUGCAGGAAAAGAAAACAUAUGGAACAAGUUGCCAAAAUAUCUUUGAACAGAAUUGUCUACCCCUUUGGGGCUUCACAACCAUAUGCGGGAGGAGGCUGGAGAUGGAAGAUGCCAUGUCGGUUGUACCCCGGUUUUCGCAAGUUCCUCCUCGAAUGCUGUCGGAUGGCAUGAAUGGUCAUUUGUGCAAUUCAACUGCCCAUUUCUUUGGCGUCUAUGAUGGGCAUGGCGGCUCUCAGGUUGCAAACUAUUGCCAUGAACGUCUCCAUUUGGCCUUGGUUGAGGAGAUAGAAAGUACAAAAAGGAGCUUGUGCGAUGGAAGUAUUGGGAAUGGUUGGCAGGAUCUGUGGAAGAAAGCCAUAUUCAAUUGUUUUCUCAAAGUUGAUGCUGAGGUUGGGGGAGUUCAUCAAGGGAAUAAUGGAAGCAACAGUGAGGCCUCUGAGGCUACUCCAAAACCAAUUACCCCUGAAACUGUUGGUUCUACUGCCUUGGUUGCCAUUUUAUGUUCAACCCACCUAAUAGUUGCAAACUGUGGGGAUUCGAGGGCUGUCUUGUGUCGUGGAAAAGCACCUAUUCCAUUGUCAGUAGAUCACAAACCAAAUAGAGAAGAUGAAUAUGCAAGGAUAGAAACUGCAGGAGGCAAGAUCAUACAAUGGUUUGGCUUCCGUGUUUUCGGUGUCCUUGCGACGUCCAGGUCCAUCGGUGAUAGAUACUUGAAACCAUGGAUUAUUCCAGAUCCAGAAGUGAUGCUCAUUCCCCGCACCAAGGAAGACGAGUGCCUUAUUUUGGCUAGUGAUGGAUUAUGGGAUGUCAUGACAAACGAGGAAGUCUGUGAUGUUGCGCGAAAGCGGAUCCUUGUGUGGCACAAGAAGCAUGGUAAUACCCUACCUGCAAAAAGUGGAGAUGAUGGUGCUGAUCCUGCAGCUCAAGCUGCAGCAGAGUGCCUCUCGAGGCUUGCUCUUCAAAAGGGAAGCAAAGACAACAUUACUGUGAUAGUAAUAGACUUGAAAGCUCAAAGGAAGUUUAAAAGAAAAACCCAACAAGAAGAAUCUCACCCAUCAUCACCUACAAUUUUUUAGAUAUUUUUAUAGAACAUAAUUCUAAUCAGUAGUAACAUGGUUCAGCCCUUCGAUUUUUGAACUAGGCUGCUAGUGAUACCAUGGAGUUUUGUAUACUAAAACCUGCAAUAUGCAGAAUACUUAUUAUCUCUAGAUUUGC